UUAUGUACCUCCCUCUCGCUUUCUCACUAACUCUCCCAUCACCACUCUCCCCCUCUAUUAAGUUUCAAGCGUCUCUUCCUCCUGAACUGAACAACACACACCAAACAGGGGACUGGACGGACAACAGAAAUUUGCUCUCCUGGUCCUCGCCUCCAUCACCUUCCAUUUUGUCAUUUCCUUGCUUCAUCCACCCCACCCACCUCACUGUAGCUUUUUAACAUCUCUCUGUCUAAUUUAAUUGUUUCGCCCUUGAUCCUUUGUUCGCUAUGACUGAUUUUGCUCAAUGUACCCAUCCAUCACAGGCUAGUUAAUAGCUUUGUCUUCAUACUAUUUUAAAACUUCCAAACCUCCACUUUCUUCACAUUUAACCUCGCCCCAUUCUCCUACACCACCCCUCCAUUUUUUCAUCUAUUACUUCCUCCUCUACUCUUUAGCCAAAGUGCACUACUCUUUACCCCAAUCUUCCUCGGGCCAGUUGAGAUCAACAUGUGGUCCAACUUUUUCGUACAGCAGGAUGAGGACGGUCGGAUCGGAGUGGCAGGGGCUGGACAAGGUGGGGGUUUGGGUGGAGUGAAAGGUGGAAGGAGGAGGAUCCACAAGAUGAGCGACAGUCAGGAGGGAAAGAUCAAGCUGGCCUUCUUUGUGGCUAUCAUUGGUGUGACCCUGACGGUGCUGGGCAUGGGGACAGAGUUUUGGGUGGAGCUGGCCCAACCAAAGAAUUUCAGUGGCAACCAGACCUGCCAGAUGGCCCAUUAUGGCCUGUGGAAGGGCUGCAUCCGCACCCUAUGGGUGGCUGACAUAGACCCGGAGAGGACGAGCUGUGGCCCUGCUGAACUACCUGGAGAAUCCAACUGCACCUACUUCAAAUUCUUCACCUCUGGGGAGAACGCAGUCAUAUUCAAGAAGACAACUAACAAGAAGCUGAAUCUAGCUGCAGCUAUCUUGGCCCUUUUGAGUCUGACCAUGAUGGUGAUGGGCUCCAUCUGUAUCGCCAUGUCUCUCAGCAAAGGAGUGCCCUUCUUUCUCAAGCCAGCCUCCUUCUGUUUCAUCCUAUCAGGUGUACUGGUGCUUAUCUCUGUCCUGAUAUUCCACCAGUCCGUGCUGGCCCUGCUGUCCAGUGACCACUCCAUACCUUUACACCAUGAGCUGUCCUGGUCUGUGGCCUGCGUGGGUUCAGCGGGAGCCAUUCUUAUUUUCGGAGGUUUCCUGUUCAUCAUCCUCUCCCUUCCUUUCAGCCCCUGGCAGAAAUGCCUGCCACAGAAGAAUAGCGCCACCUAGCACUUGAAUGAUAAUAAAAUACACAUUUAGUAUUCUUGAUGUCUUGUUUGAGAGCAAGCAGAGAUGUCCAGUUCACAAGGGCUGUCACUUUGCUUGUUCUUAGCAUUUGUCACAGACAUCGUACAAGGUCUUAAUCAAAUGUAUGAAGAGAAGUCAGCCACACAUCUGUGAGGCCUCCAGAACUUGCAAUAAAAAUGUUUUAGUGUUUUUAGUAGAAAAUAGACAGAAGGAGCAACAGGGUUACUGCUGACUGUUUUUUUUUUCAGCUCUGUGUUGUGUUUACUUAAACAAGUGUCACAAAUAGGCUUGUUAGCCUGCCUGUCGCUGUACAUUCAAACAUAAAUCUGGUCUUUUGCUAGCAUAAGGGGAGUAAAAAAAACUUCUUUAACGCCAAGACAUUUUUCUAUUUUUAAACUUUUUGUAGUCAGUUUAACAUGGAAGCCCAUUUCUACCAAGAUCAUUUAAAAAACAUGGAAAGUUAGCAACACGUCCUCCAAAUUAAGCAACAGAAUGACGCCUUUAUUGGCAGAAUUUUUUCAGAACUUUUAGAAAUCACUACUUGAAGAGGCCCAAUGCAAAAUUCAGAGCGUGUGAGUUGUCUGCACACAGUUCUCAACAUGGAGAUGGCUAAACCAGCGGCUGGCAGCUACAGUGCUAACUCCAUAAACAGUGCUAAACAGCAACAACAGUGCUGACAGAGCUAAUGGUGUAAUCCAGGGAGGGUGGGUGCUUCCGCAAUGAUGUCAUCCCGAUACCAGUGAUAACCGUAGUAGGAGUUGUGAUGACUAUGGGUUUGUAACAGCUAUCUCAUGGAAUACAUGCACCAACUGGCUUACAACAACAAACCACAGAGAAGCUCGGAUUACAAAACACAGAGGUAUCAUGACUUAAUUCUCUGCUCAGGACGCCAUGACUCCGCUAUAUCUGUACAUAGCAAAUAAUUGUUUGCUGUUCUAAAUACCCUGAAAGUCACAUACAGAACCUUAAGCCUGUUUUAUGUUGUGACAAUGCCGUUGGUUAAAGUUUUGAUUAGAUUUAAGCGCAAACGCAACUUGGUUAGGGUCAGGGAAAGUUCAUGGUUUGGAUUAAAUGACUGCUUUGUUAAGGUUAUGGGACCAUCUUCUUUAUGGUUACAAUAAUAAACACAUGGUUAAGGUUAGGGGAUGAGCAUGGUCAUGAUUUUUGAGGAACUAUUUUGCUGACCUAUCUUUGCACUCUGAUCUCUUCCCUAUAUGACCUUUGUCGCUCUACAAUAGCAACUGACUAACAUUUUGCUCCUAUCAUAAUUACUACAGCUGCUAGAAGGCUCUGUCCCUUGGAGGGCACUGACGUAACCUUGGUUAAGACCCUUGAAUCCACCCACUCCAUUGAGUUUGAGUUGACUGAUUCAUCUGUCAUCAUGGCGGUUUCUUGGUUAAAAUAAAAAUGUAAGUGUAAAACAUGUAAAACAGUAAGUGCCGCAAGGGAUACGAUCAGCCAAUCUGUGUUAUAUGCUGGACUAAUGCUAUUGUUAAGUAUUCAAAUGGUGCAACAGAACCAGUAAGAAGUAAUAACAACAAUGGUGGCCGCUAUAGACAAGAUGGACAGGGCAAAUUGUCUUCUUAAUAUCACUACGUUGAUCUCUGGUGAUUAGUUAGGGAAAAUCAAAUCCCCCAUAGAAAUCAUUUAGACUGGAAGAAGAUUAUCUUGCUGAACAAAACAUAUAAGUAUCAUAAAGGUUUGUUUUCCUCUGAGCUUAUUUUCUGCAAUGAUUCAAAAUCCAAAGGAAAAAUCUCAUAGGCGUAUUGACGAGGGAACCAGGGCGACACUAACUUCCAUGUCGGCCUACAGAAAAAUGUCGUCCCUGGAGCACUCUAUGUCAGACUGAAGGUGGAAACAGACUGUAACAAGACAACAGUUUUGUCUGAUAUCAGGCAAGCACUGAUGCAGUUAUCUUCUUAGGGUAGUCUCAAAGUUACAUAACAAAAAUUAAAAAGUAAAUCACUGUAGAUUGUAAAUCAAAUGUCAAAAUGAUGACUAGCAAGUCAGAAAUUUGGACUUAGCAUCACAUAAUUAGACUUACCCUGAGUAUUUCUUAUUUUUAAUAUGCUUAACUUUUAGUGUUUUUUCAGGCAGAAAUGAGCUUCCAUAGUUUAAAACUCCUAAACCACCAUCAUAAUGUAUCACCAUCAUUGUAGCAACAUGCUAACAGUCAGCGAGGAGGAAGUCCUGAUUACUUUCAGAGAAGUUACUUGUCAUAUCUGCUACAUGUUGCCUGAUCAACAGUCAGUGAGUGUCCUUAAUAUUCUAGCAAUAAGUCAUAUGAAGCUUUUUAUUACUUAAUACUUGAUUUAAAAAAAGAGGCUUCAAGUCGUUAUUUAUUACAGAUGUGUGUUUUUCAACUAUUAGGUGAAUGCUGCUUGGGUAUGAAUGUGCGCUGAAUGAAAUCAACUGUGAGAAGUGGUUAAAAUACCAUUUUGUAUAUCAGAGAAUUGUAUGGACUCACUUUAUAAGCUCAACUUUGUACAUAAAUUGAAUAUAUGUGUUUAUAUUGUAUGAAUGGUCACUGUUUGUGGUGCUGUCUUCAGUCACUUUAUUUGCGAUACUAAGGUAGUAAAUACACUUUAUUUUUGUUGUAGGAUGCUCACCUUGUCUCUCUAUCAGGAAAUGCUAUUUUACAGAAUAUAUGCUCAUUUCUACUCAUGUAUGUGUACAGUAUGUGGCACCAGGUUUGCUUUUCAUUAAAGGGAUUUAAC